GCAGAAAGCAGAGGGAACGCCCAUGAGGACGGCCCAAAUCAAAGCUUCAGGUAUUAGAAGCUGCACACCACGACAGCCAGCAACACUGAGACUGAACAGCUUUUCAUCAUGAGUGGAGAAACGUACUAUCAAGGCUAUGGAAGUGCUGAAAAAGAAAUAAGGAUUGUUCUGAUUGGGAAGACAGGAGUGGGAAAGAGUGCCGCUGGAAACACCAUCUUGGGGCGAGAAGCUUUUGAGUCUGAACUGUCUCCAUCUUCUUUGACAAGUGAGUGCCAGAAAAGCAGAGGGACUGUCGAUGGUGAGAAUGUUGCUGUUGUCGAUACUCCAGGGCUGUUUGACACAAAUUUAACACAAGAAGCAGCAAUGAAGAGGAUCAAGAUGUGCAUCUCUCUGUCUGCUCCUGGUCCUCACGCCUUCCUGGUGGUUCUCCACCUUCACAGGUUCACCCAGGAAGAGAAAGACACAGUUAAAAAGAUUCAAGAAACAUUUGGUCCUCAAGCAGCCAAAUACUCAAUGGUGCUGUUCACACAUGGAGACCAGUUGAAGAAGCAAACGAUUGAGAGUUUUAUUGACGACAGUCACAAUUUGAAAGAGUUCAUUCGGGAUUGCUAUGGCCGAUAUCAUGUCUUCAACAAUGAAAUCAAAGACCCAAAACAAAUCAGCCAGCUCUUGGAUAAGAUUCACAAGAUGAUCAUGGCUAAUGGUGGUCGUCACUACAACAACGAAAUGUUCAUGGAAGCAGAGGCAGCCAUCCAAAGAAAGAAAGACCAGGAGUUGAAAGAGACAGAAGACAAGCUGCAGAAAGAGCUUGAUGACCUGAGAGCCAAAUACAAACCUGUGGAAUAUCACUUAAAAAAACUGGAGGUGCAGCAAAAAUACAAGUGCGAUGCCAGAAUAAAAGCUGAAAGGUCAAAUGAUUUUGUCACUGGUUCAGCAAUCGCUAUAUCAACAGCUUGCGGUGCCGCUGUCGGGGGUGUGGUGGGACUUGUUGCAGGCCCAGUUGGUGUGGCAGUCGGAAUAGUAGCUGGAGCAGCUGCUGGAGCUGCCAUCGGUACAUUUGCAGUUAAAAUGUCACAGAAACGCCAUAAGAACUACAUACCAUAAAUUGAACUGUUGUGGUUUAAAGUCAUCUUCAGCUGGUUUUAUGUAAAGUCUUGAGAUAAUAUGCAGAAAUACUAUCGCAGUUACGAUACGAUACGAUACGAUACACUUUAUUGUCCCCUCAGGGAAAUUUGUCUUGGACUCAUGCUAGGUGCCUUACAAGAAAAGAGAAAACAAACGAUACAGAUAAAAACACA